GAUACAUCAGCUGCAUCCUUCAAAUCUCUGUGAAUUCCAGCUGCAUUUCUCAGCAGUAUACACAGAAUCCUUUGAUAAAGAACGUUCUUCUGUGACGUAGUGGUCGGUAAAUGCAGCCCAUAUUUGGAAUGCAGCCUCAACCUUGGAACAAAUCUAUGGGCAGUAAUUUAUAAAUUAAUAAAACUACAUACAGUAAUUGUCAAAGGUUUGGACACACAUUAUCUUUCCUCCCAUGAGUUUGGACUGUAUCUCACCUGACUUAGGGACUAAAGUCUUCAAGAAAGCAAGACAAACCACAUUUACUUGGGAAUAAGUGAUAAAAAUGUUCAUUUUGUUAAAAAUGGUGCAUCCCUAGCUGAGGUGGAUGUGUUUUUAUUUUUGUCACCCUUAAACCAGUUUAAACAAGUCGCACGAACAUAAGACAAAAAAGGUUCCCCCUUAAAAAGUUCUGUAAUAACUUUACUGGUGUAGUAAGCAUGAGUUGUUAACGUGUAACUACACAGUUAUUACAGACACUUUUUAUGAAGUGGGACCAUUUUUUUUGUCUUUUUUUCUUCUUCUCUUGAGUCUCUUGCAACUUAACCAGUUUAUUGCAAUUGUGAACUCAAUCUGGGCUGUGUUUCCACAGUAUAAGACGUACCACCCUUCUUUCCAUUGUUGUGUAUUUACUGUGUGUGUAAUUUUUUUGGUCUAAUUUGAGUAUGUGUUCGUGUAGACGAGGCUGCUCUCUUAUCAGUCCAGAGCAGCUGUACGGUUUAGCGUCUCGUCCACGCUGAUAUCAGAAGAGCACACUGUCCCGUCACCCUUCUCUUGUCUUGUCUUAGCCCCCUGUCAUCCCGAGGAGUUUGUUACGUGACCACGCCCCAACAGCCACUACCAUCUGCCUCUCCUGUCGCCUGAGCACAGCAUGGAGGACUCAGGUGAACGUUUACCAGAAGGCCGUGGGGCAGACGGCCGCAGAGACAGGGUGGAGCUUCCUGUGCUCACUCAGCCAGGCCUGGGAGAGACCACCACAACGGUGACCACCAUCACGCAGACGGGGGGCGACUGGAGCACGGGGAUGUUUGAAGUGUGGAGUGACAGCAGCACCUGUUUGAUGGGUAUGUUUGUGCCCUGCUGUUUGGAUUUGAGUUUGGCUCAUCAGUAUGGAGAGUGCCUGUGUCUGCCUCUGCUGCCCGGCUCCACGUUCGCUAUGCGGGUUGGCAUUAGAGAACGUUUUAAAAUCAGGGGCAAUGUGUGUGAGGACUGGGCUGCAGUGUACUUCUGCUACCCUUUGGCUCUUUGUCAGAUGAUCCGGGAGAUGAAGAGGAGGCUGAAGAGUCAGGUGUACACUGUUUCCACCGCACUGGAGUGUUCCUGAGAGGGAAAGAAAAACAGAAAGGCAGAGAUUUCUAUAUCGAACUCUAAACUCUUAAUGGAGAUGGUUUUUGGAGAGGCUUACCAGUACUUUUUUUGGAUAAAGAUUGAUAUCUGAGGCAUUUAUAAUGGAUGGCGGGGUGGGUACCUGUGGGGACAGGGUGGAGGUAUGUGGUUUAUACAAACUUAAGGUUUGAGAGUUGUAUUUUCAGAACAAUUGUUCAAUUAUUUUAUUGUAAAGUUAGAUUCUUUGUUAUUAAGAUCUAAAAGCUACUUGUAGAGAUUAAGCAUUGUGAAAUAAAUA